GAUAGUCGACUCUGGAGCUGUCAGAUCGAGCUUGUUUGUAAACAAUAACGAAAAAGUGUUUUGUACCGCGAAAAACACGCAAAAUAUCAAGCUUUUUCUACCGAAAGAAAGUGAAAUUUGUUUAAAAGUUCGUCAAUUAUGAGCCUUUUCGAUAUCGAGGACAUCAAAGUGAAGCCGGACAUAGUGUGUACCUACCCGGACCCGACCGUUCCCCCGAAUGCAGCGAUUGUAAUCGAUAAUGGUUCUUAUCACUGCCGUGCCGGUUGGGCUGGCAAGGAUGUUCCGUCGCUGGUGUUCAAAAAUGUCCUGGCCAAACCGCGGAAGGAUCGCAGUAAGAAGGACACCAGUGAAGUGGUCGUGCCGACGGUGCAAAUCGGCAAUGAUAUCACGAAUAUUGAGGCGGUGCGGUUCCAGCUGAGGACACAGUUUGACCGGAAUGUCGUAACGCAUCUGCAUGUGCAGGAGCAGAUUUUUGAUUAUUUGUUCGGAAGGCUGGGGAUUAAUGAUGACGGGUGCGUUCCCCAUCCGGUGCUGCUGACCGAGUGCGUUGCGAAUCCGAACUACAGCCGCAUGCUGAUGUCGGAACUGAUGUUCGAAUGCUACGGAAUCCCGGGGAUCGUGUAUGCUGUGGAUGGUUUGCUGAGCUAUAGGAUGAAUGGAGGACAAGACAGUGGACUGAUUAUAUCCUGCGGAUAUCAAGCAACGCACGUUAUUCCUGUUCUAAACGGAAGGAUGGUAGAGGACAAGGUCCGGCGAAUCAAUUUGGGAGGAUUCAACAUGAUCAAUUUCAUGUUCCGUUUGCUGCAGUUGAAAUAUCCGGUGCACGUGAAUGCCAUCACCCUGAGUCGGGCGGAGACAAUGAUUCACAACUACUGUUCGUUUGCGUACGACUAUACGGAAUCUCUGAGGAACUGGGCAUUGCUGGAAUUCUACGAGCAGAACGUCAUCAAGAUUCAACUUCCGUACAAUCAGAACGUUUCCGCUCCGACAUUGACUGCAGAGCAACGACUUGAGAAGCGGAAGGAGCUUUCUCGUCGUCUCGCCGAGAUAAACCUGAGAAAGCGGGAGGAAAAGUUGGCGGAGGAUAAGGUCCUUUUAACCAGAAUGCUUGCCGCUGAGGACACUUUGGAUGACGAAGAUAACGUCGGGUUUACUCUGCAUGAAUUCAGUGUUAAAAACGUUGACGAAUACAGAAAGAUGAUCGUAACGUUGAGAGAGCGAAUUGCAAAAACGACCCAGAAGAUGAACUCCCAACAAACGAACAACCAACCGGAGGAAAAGCCACUGCAGUUAUUGCAACCACCCCCAAACAUGACCAUCGAGGAAUGGGUAAUCGAAACUCGCAGGAAGCGUGACGAGAUUCUGGACAAAAAACAAAUCCGCAAACAAAGGAAACAGGAUCUGGCCAAGCGCCGAACUGCGGCUGCUCAGGAACGAAUGCGUAUCAUAUCGCACCUGGCCAAAAAGGAGAAGGGUGUGGAUGAUUUCGGUAUGCGGGACGAAGAUUGGGACGUGUACAAAUCCAUUAGCCGCGAGGGAGAUAGCGACAGCGAUGCGGAGAACGAAAAGCUUAUCGAGUGCGAGGAAAUCCUGAAACAACACGACAGCACCUUUGUGGAACCGGUGGUGGCCCCCGGGAACAUUGCCGAGUUCCAUCAGCUGCACAUCGGAGUGGAGAGGAUUCGAGUGCCGGAAAUUCUCUUCCAACCGAGUAUGAUCGGGGUUCAGGAAGCGGGACUGACCGGUACCAUCGAUUACGUGCUGAAGCUCUUCCCAAAGGACGAUCAAGUGAAGCUCGUUGGCAACGUGAUGCUUACGGGAGGUUGUGCCAACAUUCGGGGCUUUAAGGAACGGUUAUCGCGAGAGUUGCAAGCCAUUCUACCAUUCCAGUCGGUGUAUAAUUUGAUGGUGGCAGGAAGUCCUAGCCUGGACGCAUGGAGAGGAGCAAGUCAAUUCGCCAACUGUCAAGAGUUCAAGCAAUCUCUAAUCACUCGACAGUUGUACGAUGAGUAUGGUGGGGAAUACUUCAAAGAACAUACGGCCAGCAAUUUUUACUAUCCUACACCUAGUCAGGUUAACUCAGCUCUGAAUGAUACUUUCAAUUGAUAAGGAAUAAAAUAUAUUUAAGAUUUGAA